UGUCUGUCUGAUGCUUUGGUCACCGAUCUCACAACUCCUAAAAGGAGGCCGGCUUCGACCUCGCCACGACCAUCAAGGGAGCCGGGUACUACCGCCGCACCAGGAGGACAGACUUCGUUGCAGACUACAUACCUCCUACCCCAGACGAGCUGCAGCAAGCUAUCGACCACGACAGGGUCCUAAAGCUUGUCACCGACCGGUGAUGCUGUCGACGCUGGGCGACGGGAGGGUAGUGAGGGGCCUGGCGGGGCUGCCGAGGGAGGGGCCCGCCGUGCUGGUGGGGUACCACAUGCUCCUGGGGUUGGAGCUGGGGCCGAUGGUGACGGGCAUCCUGAGCGGCACCGGGGUCCACGUCCGGGGCCUGGCGCACCCCUUCAUGUUCGACGGGGGCACCGAGCGGCUCAUGCCCGACUCGGCGCACUUCGACCUGCACCGCGUCAUGGGGGCGGUGCCGGUGACGGGCGCCAACUUCUACAGGCUCCUCGCGGACAAGGAGUUCGUGCUGCUGUAUCCGGGGGGUGCGCGGGAAGCGCUUCACAGGAAGGGAGAGGAGUACAAGUUGUUCUGGCCGGAGCAGCCUGAGUUCGUCAGGAUGGCGUCCAGGUUCGGGGCGACGAUCGUACCAUUCGGAGUGGUGGGAGAGGAUGACAUAUGCCAUUUGUUGUUAGACUACAACGACCUUCAGAAGGUUCCCUUCUAUGGCAUGCUCGACGAGGCCUUGAACCGCGAUGGGCUGAGGCUAAGGACUGAUUCCAUGGGAGAGGUAAAAGACCAAAGAAUGCACCCCCUACUGCUCGCUCCCAAGGUACCAGGGCGGUUUUACUUCGUCUUUGGGAAGCCUAUCGAAACAAGAGGCAGAGAGAAAGAACUACGAGACAAGGAGGCGGCGCAGCGCCUCUAUUUGCAAGUCAAAUCUGAGGUGGAGGGCUGCAUCAACUAUCUCAAGGAGAAGAGGGAGGAGGACCCCUACAGGAGUAUACUGCCCAGGCUUCUCUACCAAGCACUUCAUGGUCCCAAUGCAGAAAUACCCACAUUUGAACCAUGAAAUGUUCACUUCGAGAAUACCAAUUGUUUAUAUUGUUCUUAUUUUUUUUUCUUGCAUUGUCAAAAAAAAAUCGAUUGUUACCAUUGUCCUCAAAAUAAUUAUGAUGGCUGAUUCUAUCGUGUAGCCCAUUUAAAGCACAUAUAUAAAGAGGUCAACGGAAGGUCAUCGCUCAACUGUAAAUUUGUAAGUACAGCAACACAAGUAUUUAUUUUGGCUCAUCUCAUUGCAAACAAAGCAUGGAUUCAAGUCGAGAGAAGAUAUGAAGAAUGUGUUAGAAAUAUGCCUUAGAGAUAAUCAUAGAGAUGAGCAUAUUUUUUUAUCUAUAUAUAUAUUGCUUAAUUGAAUAUCCAUGUAAGGCACCUUGUAUUGAUU